UGUUAACCGAUGUUUUUCAGCUCACAUAUUAGUUUCAGUCUUGACUUUGGUCAUUCUAAACGUGGCUACUAACCUGAAACAUAGCUGUUUAGAAUGUUAACACUGUACACAUAGCUAUGGUGCAAGACAAGUAUACUAGCUUACUUUCAACAGUGUUUUCUCAACUUUGGUAUGGUAUUCAACAGUUUACUUGCAGAUAUCUGAAAACGUCUUCUCUUUCACAAAUCCCACUCAGUCUCCUCAUAUCAAAUGAACAGAGUGAUCCUCCAACUGUAGCUUUGGAUUUGAGUCAAGACCAAUGGCAGGCUGUCUGACAGAGUUGAUCACAGCAUGUUCCAAUGUCACACUGUCCGUCACUGCCCUGUACACAGCAUAUCAGCUCUUCAAGGACCACAGAGCUCCAGCAGUGGGUUUCUUUCUGCUUGGUCUCUCCUCAGGCCUCUGCACCCUGCCUCUCUCCUUCAGCCCAUACCUGACCUCUGUACAGGGGGACCUGGAGUGGGCCGGCGAGGUCCUGGCUCCACCGUUGGUCUCCUUCGGCUUCCUGUGGCUCAGCGAAGACCGCACCACAGCCAACACCCUCCUUAUUGGCUCAGCUCUCCUCCCGGUGCUCUGCGAUUGGCUGUCAGCGGACGAGUUGAUGCUGAUGUCACGCUGUCUGGCGCUGUCUGCCGUCUCCUGCUCGCUCACUGUGUGUCUGUUUGCAGGAAACGCUGUCGGGGCCCUGGGCAGUGUGGCCCUCAGCCUGCCCCAAAUGGUGGCCCCCAGGGUGGGGGUCAAGACUCUGGCUCCCCUUGUCUCUCCAGGGGCCACUGUAGGACUGCUUAAGUGGCUCCUGAAGGGCUCCAUGGCUGUAGGGUGCUGGGCCUCUGAGAAGGCACUUAGCAAGUACCUGUUGGAACUGAAGGACCUGGACUCCCCAUUUUAACUUGUUACCACUGUAACUCAGGGUUUCCCCAAACUCAGUCCUCAGGACCCCGGAGUUUCCUUUCUUUCCUAAGCACUACACAGCUGAUUCAAAUAAUCAACUAAUCAGCCAGCUUUGAUCAUUUCAAUCAGCUUUGUAGUGUUUGGGCAAAAACCAAAAUGUGCACCCCUUGGAGUCCCGAGCAUGGAGUUUGGGAAACUGUAACAUCACUGUAACAGUUACUGACUGUCUGAACAGUUCAAUAGUCCCUCACACAAGAUAAUGACUGAUUGUUAAAUUGAUGUGGUCUCAUGAUGUGCACUUAGAGCUGCUGAUAGAAGAGAACCAGAUGGAGGGUCUAUUUAUUUUGUCCUGCAGGGCCUUGCCUCAUAGAAGUAGAACGAAUAGAACGGUCUAGAACCUCUGACCAUGGCGAUUUGACUGGUAAAGUCAUGGGUGCACUCAAAAUGAGCAAGCUUGUUCUACUUAUUCUAGUACUGUGGCUUGCCUUUGAUCUGUAGCCAAUAACCUUUCCAAUUCCUACUGGCCAAUGACCUUUCCAAUUCCUACUGGCCAAUAACCUUUCUAAUUCCUACUGGCCAAUAACCUUUCCAAUUCCUACUGGCCAAUGACCUUUCCAAUUCCUACUGGCCAAUGACCUUUCCAAUUCCUACUGGCCAAUGACCUUUCCAAUUCCUACUGGCCAAUGACCUUUCCAAUUCCUACUGGCCAAUGGCCUUUCCAAGAGAUGAUCCAUAUAAUGAUGCCAGUCUGCCAAUGUGGAGGGGCCAUGAUCCACCAUUGGGACAGGUGGCUGUUGCCAGUGUAUGAGCACUGUCAAGGGCGUUGUUCUAUUUGUUCAGCUUAUUGUCAUGGCCAGGGAGCUCUGCUCUGUUAUCCAAGUACUUUCAUCUAUGCAAGUCGAAGAAGCACUGGUGUCUAAUUCUAAAACUGUAAACAUUAUUGAUGAUAUUAGUAACAGCAGUUAAUAAUAUUUGAUGUGCUAAAAUAUUGAUUUGCUAAAGUAUCAACAAAAGGAGUAGUGCUUGGAUCUAACGCUUGUAUGUACUGAUUGUCAUGGGUCACUAAUACUCCCAACCUAUUCCACUCCGCAUGUUAGAAAGUCUAAUUCAUCUCUGGAUGUUGAUUUACAGGACAGUGUCAUUACCAAUUGGCUAUAAAAGAUUCUAUCUGCUUACUCUGUGAAAAUAUCCUCCCAACGGUGGCUCUAUGAGGAGGAUGGAAGUGCCUUCCAGACAUUUACUACUGUCUAUGUCUAUGAGUGUGCCUCCCAAAUAUCACCCUAUUCCCUAUGUAGUGCACUACUUUUAAUCAGAGCCCAUUUUGCCUCCCAAAUAUCACCCUAUUCCCUAUGUAGUGGACUACUUUUAAUCUGGGCUGCCUUGACUUCAGUGUCUUGUCCUAUGAUGAGCACCAAACAGCUUGUACUAGACUGUGCUCACUGUGAAGCCAAACAGCUUGUACUAGAGUAUGCUCACUGUGAAGCAAAACAGCUUGUACUAGACUAUGCUCACUGUGAAGCCAAACAGCUUGUACUAGAGUAUGCUCACUGUGAAGCCAAACAGCUUGUACUAGAGUAUGCUCACUGUGAAGCCAAACAGCUUGUACUAGACUAUGCUCACUGUGAAGCAAACAGCUUGUACUAGAAUAUGCUCACUGUGAAGCCAAACAGCUUGUACUAGAGUAUGCUCACUGUGAAGCCAAACAGCUUGUACUAGAGUAUGUUCACUGUGAAGACAAACAGCUUGUACUAGACUAUGCUCACUGUGAAGCCAAACAGCUUGUACUAGAGUAUGCUCACUGUGAAGCCAAACAGCUUGUACUAGAGUAUGCUCACUGUGAAGCCAAACAGCUUGUACUAGAGUAUGCUCACUGUGAAGCCAAACAGCUUGUACUAGAGUAUGCUCACUGUGAAGCCAAACAGCUUGUACUAGAGUAUGCUCACUGUGAAGCCAAACAGCUUGUACUAGAGUAUGCUCACUGUGAAGCCAAACAGCUUGUACUAGAGUAUGCUCACUGUGAAGCCAAACAGCUUGUACUAGAGUAUGCUCACUAUGAAGCCAAACAGCUUGUACUAGAGUAUGCUCACUGUGAAGCCAAACAGCUUGUACUAAAUUAUGCUCACUGUGAAGCCAAACAGCUUGUACUAGAGUAUGCUCACUGUGAAGCCAAACAGCUUGUACUAGACUAUGCUCACUGUGAAGACAAACAGCUUGUACUAGACUAUGCUCACUGUGAAGACAAACAGCUUGUACUAGACUAUGCUCACUGUGAAGACAAACAGCUUGUACUAGACUAUGCUCACUGUGAAGACAAACAGCUUGUACUAGACUAUGCUCACUGUGAAGACAAACAGCUUGUACUAGACUAUGCUCACUGUGAAGCCAAACAGCUUGUACUAGACUAUGCUCACUGUGAAGACAAACAGCUUGUACUAGACUCUGCUCACUGUGAAGACAAACAGCUUGUACUAGACUAUGCUCACUGUGAAGACAAACAGCUUGUACUACAGUAUGCUCACUGUGAAGCCAAACAGCUUGUACUAGACUCUGCUCACUGUGAAGCCAAACAGCUUGUACUAGACUCUGCUCACUGUGAAGACAAACAGCUUGUACUAGACUCUGCUCACUGUGAAGACAAUGUCAUUGACAGAAAGGACACGUCUGAGAGCCGAUAGCUUUAGUUGGCCAGGGUACAUGGCCGGGGUACCAAAACAGUCAGGGGCCACGUCCCAAACAGCACCCUAUCCCCGAUAUAGCCACAUUUCUUUUGACCAGAGCUCUAUAUGGGCCCUGGUCAAAAGUAGUGCACUAUAAAGGGAAUAGGGUGCCAUUUGAGACGCAAGCCCCCUACGUCGCCUCAGAUUCCGGAUCCUGUUCAUUCUGAAGCCUCAGCAGACAGCUGCUGUGUACAGUGAGAUUUAACUAGAUACAUCUGCAGUGUUCACACCACUAACACUAUGGAUCUAUAUUCAUUGAUUCUUCAGAUAUACUACAUAUUAUAUCCACAUACUGUCCAUAAUGUCUACACAAGAAGGGUUCUUUAUUUUUACUAUUUUAUACAUUGUAGAAUAAUAGUGAAGACAUCAAAACUAUGAAAUAACAUAUGGAAUCAUGUAGUAACCACAAAAAAUUGUUAAACAAAUCAAAAUAUAUUUUAUAUUUGAGAUUCUUCAAAGUUUAUUUAUUUAAUUUAUUUCACCUUUAUUUAACCAGGUGGCAAGUUCUCAUUUACAACUGCGACCUGGCCAAGAUAAAGCAUAGCAGUUCGACACAUACAACGACACAGAGUUACACAUAGAAUAAUAAACAUACAGUCAAUAAUACAGUGGAAAAGUAAGUCUAUAUACAAUGUGAGCAAAUGAGGUGAAGUGGCCACCCUUUGCCUUGAUGACAGCUUUGCACACUCUUGGCAUUCUCUAAAACAGCUUCAUGAGGUAGUCACCUGGAAUGCAUUUCAAUUAACAGCUGUGCACAUAUUAUGGCAAGAACCCUCAAAUAAGCAAAGAGAAACGACAGUCCAUCAUUACUUUAAGACAUGAGGACUGCCACAGGAAAGGAAGACCCAGUUACCUCUGCUGCAGAGGAUAUGUUUAUUAGAAUUACCAGCUUCAGAAAUUGUAUCCCAAAUAAUUGUUUGACAAAGUAAUAGACACAUCUCAACAUCAACUGUUCAGAGGAGACUUCAUGGUCGAAUUGUUGUAAAGAAACCACUACUAAAGGACACCAAUAAGAAAAAGAGACUUGCUUGGGCCAAGAAACACAAGCAAUGGACAUUAGACCAUUGGAAAUCUGUCCUUUGGUCUGAUGAGUCCAAAUGUGAAAUUUUUGGUUCCAACCGCUGUGUCUUUGUGAGACAGAGUAGGUGAACGAAUUAUAUCCGCAUGUGUGGUUCCCACCGUGAAGCAUGGAGGAGGAGGUGUGAUGGUAAGGUGGUGCUUUGCUGGUGAUACUGUCUGUGAUUUAUUUAGAAUUCAAGGCACAUUUAACCAGCGUGGCUACCACAGCAUUCUGCAGUGAUACGCAAUCACAUCGGGUUUGCACUUAGUGGGACUAUCAUUUGUUUUUCGACAGGACAAUGACCCAACACACCUCCAGGCUGUGUAAGGGCUAUUUGACCAAGAAGGAGAGUGAUGGAGUGCUGCAUCAGAUGACCUGACCUCCACAAUCACCUGACCGCAACUAAAUUGAGAUGGUUUGGGAUGAGUUGGACCGCAGAGUAAAAGAAAAGCAGUGCUCAGCUUAUGUGGGAACUCAUUCAAGACUAUUGGAAAAGCAUUCCAGGUGAAGCUGGUUGAGAGAAUGCCAAGACUGUGCAAAACUGUCAUCAAAGCAAAGGGAGGCUAUUUGAAGAAUCUCAAAUAUAAAAUAUAUUUGGAUUUGUUUAUCACUUUUUUGGUUACUACAUGAUUCCAUAUGUGUUUUUUCAUAGUUGUGAUAUCUUCACUAUUAUUCUACAAUGCAGAAAAUAAAGGAAAACCCUGGAAUGAG